GAGGCAUCAUGGUGCUGGGAGGGAGGUCAAGGAUGGUCCAUGUGAUGGGGGAUGCUGGCUGCUGGCUCCUGCUCGGGCUCUCCCUCCUCCCCAUCGCCGCCCUGGGCUCCCAGGAGGAUGGGAAGGUGAUCCACAUCCAGAGGCUGCAGCCCCAGGCGGUCCGUGUGGGGCUGGGGGAGCCCGUGGCCCUGCCCUGCCUCUUCCACCUCCGUCCCUCCACCUCGCUGGGCCCCAACGAGCCCCCCGACCCCCCCCGCCUCAAAUGGAGCAAGGUGCGCUCGGCCAGCGGCCAGCGGGAGGAUGUCCCCAUCCUGGUGGCCAAGGACAAGGCGGUGAAGGUGGUGAAAGCCUACGAGGGGCGGGUGGCCCUGCCCGGCUACCCCCUUGACCGCUCCAACGCCACCCUGGUGCUGCGCGCCGCCCGCGCCAGCGACGCCGGCUUGUACCGCUGCCAGGUGGUGGCUGGCAUCGAGGAUGAGCAGGACCUGGUGCCACUGGAGGUGAUGGGCGUCGUCUUCCACUACCGCCCAGGGGGGCAGCGCUACGCCCUGAGCUUCGCCGCCGCCCGCCGAGCCUGCCGGGACAACUCUGCUGUGGUGGCCUCCCCCCAGCACCUCCAGGUGGCCUUCGAGGACGGCUACGACAACUGCGACGCGGGCUGGCUGGCCGACCGGACCGUGCGGUACCCCAUCACGCUGUCCCGGCCCGGGUGUUACGGAGACCGCAACAGCCUCCCCGGCAUCCGCAGCUACGGCCGGAGGGAGCCGGGGGAGGAGUAUGAUGUGUACUGCUAUGCCCCAGAGCUGCGAGGGACGGUGUUUUACGCGGCGGUGCCGGGGCGGUUCACCUGGCAGGAGGCGCGGCGGCACUGCCGGAGCCGGGGGGCUUCCCUGGCCACCACGGGGCAGCUCCACCUGGCCUGGCACCAGGGCCUGGACCGGUGUGACCCGGGCUGGCUGGCGGAUGGCAGCGUCCGAUAUCCCAUCACGCUCCCGCGCAGGAAAUGCGGUGGUGACGCCUCCGGCGUCCGGACCCUCUACCAGUUCCCCAACCGCACCGGGUUCCCACCCCCCACCUCCAAAUUCGAUGCCUACUGCUAUAAAGCACAAGCAGCCGCAGGGCAGAAGGAGCCAGAGGAGCUGGUGCCAUCCACCGACCCACCAAGCAGUGACAACGUGCUGGUGGAGCACAUCGAGGACCUGGGCACGUCGGGAGACACCCGGGACACCCUCCUGCCACAGCCAGGGCCCACAGGGCUGGGUGAGGACAAGGUCAAGGACGAGCAGUUGCAGUUGACCAGCAGCAGCCCAGCAGCACAGCGUGGGGACCUCCCCGGGGCUGCACCAUCACAGGCACUGGUGGCUCAUGGCCUGGGUGAUGGCACAUCACUGCCACCCACCACGGCCUCCUCGCUGGUGUGGCCCCAUGAGGAUGAAGCUCUCAACCUGGUGGACCAGGCACUGGGGAUCUCUUGGCAGGAUCCUGCCAGCACCAGCCCAGCACUGCGGGUCCAAGAAGCCUCUGGCCACCUGGAGACCCUGGCCACCCUCCUGCCACAGUCCCAAAGCCUAACCCAGGAGCAUGUCACCAGCUCACCAUCUGGGCUGGGGAUGCCCCCUGACAUGGCAGCAGAGACCCCCAGCACCCCUCCUGCCAGCUCCCACACCCCAAGGAGGAGCAGCUACGCUGGGCUGAACGGGCGCUACUUCCAGCUGCAACAGCAGAGCCAGGACCCCACCACAGUGACCGGGGACCCCACGGUGGCUGGGGACCCCAUGGUGGCCGGGGACCCACUGGGAACAGUCACCCAGACUCCCAUCCUGGCCCUGGAGGUGAAGGGGGCUGCAGCCAAUCUGGUGGAGAUGUGGAAUGUCCCUCGUGCCAGCACCAAGAGCCCCCAGGGAGGUGGCACCUACUCACCCUCCAACGUAGUGGAGGAGGAGAUCAGCCCUGAGCUGAUGGCACCAGCCACCACCCCGAUGUCCCCCUCGUCACAGGCGCUGGCCCAGAGGGAUUCACCACAGUGGAGCCCCCACACAGCCCCCCACAAUCCCGGGGGUCCCACACAGACACCCCCUCCACCAUCCCCCUCCCUGCCUGCCUCCAGCAUUCCCCACCAGGAUGUCACCACGGUCAGGGCUCAGCCCCGUGCCCCCAGUGCCCGUGGGGAUUCUCCCCGGCCACCUGUGGAUGCCGUGGAGGACUUCUCUGGGGACGCCCCCUCCCAGGAGGACAGGGGCUCUGUCCCAGCACGGCUCCCACUGCCCCCAGCCCCGCUGGUGGCUGAGGUUCCUGAGAUGGCCCCACAGCCCCGUGGUGACGGCAGUGAUGGCAGUGGGGCCCUGGGUGAGGGCUCGCUGGAGAGGCAGAGGAAAGCCGUGAUGUUCUUCCACCCACCCAGCCCCUCUGUGGGGCACCCUGUCACCCCCAGCCCCACUGAGGGGGCUACUCCCCAGUCCCCGGGGCAGCUGAGCCCCACAGCUCCCCAUGGGCCAGCUGAGCCCCUGGCUGGGUAUGGGGGUGCUGGGAAUGGCUCAGCUGAGCUGAGCAGCAGAGCAGCCGUGUCCCCCCCAGCACAGGAUGUCCCCUCACCUUCUCCUCCCCCCAUGGCUGGGGAAGUGGCCCCGUGGGCUGGCACUGAGCAGCCUGUGGAGGCUGAUGUGCUGGAGCCAGCGGCUGAGGAGGGGUCCACAGGCUUUGUCUCCAUGGCCCCAGCACCCACCAGCCAUGCUGCAGAGGAGCUGGGGGGAGCUGAGCAUCUCCCCCCAGCCCCCCUGGCCACUCAGCAGCAGCCCCCCGCAAGCCCCAGCCCCUCAGCUGCCUCCAGCCACCAGGAUGCCCCACCAGCCCCCAGCGAGGAGGACACCCCUGGAGAGGGAAGGAGGGACGAGCCCCCUGCACCCCCAAGCUCAGCCACGUACAGCCCCCCACUGUCCCCUACUGCCCCCCACCCAGGGGUGCUAGAGGGGCAAGAGUCCCCGAGUGCAGAGCCACUCUUUGAGCCCUCCAUGAUGGCAGAGCCGGGGGGCCCAGGGGGGUCCCACCUGCUGGAUGCCAACAGUGGGAGCGGCGAGGAGCUGGAGGAGCCCGAGCUGGUGGCCUGGAUGGACACUGGCAAUGCCAGCCAGCACGCUCCAGCCGACCCUUGCCAGAACAACCCCUGCCUGCACGGCGGGACCUGCCGCGCCAACGGCACCGUCUGUGGCUGCAGCUGCACCCCGGGCUUCACCGGGGAGAACUGCGAGAUCGACAUCGACGACUGCCUGUCCAGCCCCUGCCAGAACGGUGGUACCUGCAUUGACGAGGUCAACUCCUUUGUCUGCCUCUGCCUGCCCAGCUACGGGGGCAGCCGCUGCGAGAAAGACACAGAGGGCUGUGACCACAACUGGCACAAGUUCCAGGGUCACUGUUACCGGUACUUCUCCCGCCGGCGCUCCUGGGAGGAUGCGGAGCGGGACUGUCGCCGCCGUGCCGGCCACCUCACCAGCAUCCACUCGCCAGAGGAGCACAGCUUCAUCAACGGUUUCGGGCAUGAAAACACCUGGAUCGGGCUCAACGACAGGAUCGUGGAGCAGGAUUUCCAGUGGACCGACAACACCGGCUUGCAAUACGAGAACUGGCGGGAGAACCAACCCGACAACUUCUUUGCGGGCGGUGAGGACUGUGUGGUGCUGGUGUCCCACGAGAUCGGCAAGUGGAACGAUGUGCCCUGCAACUACAACCUGCCCUACAUCUGCAAGAAAGGCACAGUGCUGUGCGGGCCCCCCCCGGAGGUGCCGAAUGCUUUCACGGUGGGGAAGAAGAAGGAGAAGUACAACAUCCACUCCAGCGUGCGCUACCAGUGCGAGGAGGGCUUCACCCAGCGCCACGUGCCCACCAUCAAGUGCCACAGCACCGGCAAGUGGGACCGGCCCAAAAUCCUCUGCACAAAACCCAGGCGGUCGCACCGAGCGCGGCGUCACCACCGGCACCGGCACGGCCACCCCCACCACCAGCACCACCACCGCAAACCCCGCAAGGAGCGGCGAAAACACCGCGACCGCCUCCGGCUGGACUGGAUGGAGGAGGGGCACUACUUCUAGAGCCUCGGGAUGAGGAAGCACAAAGGUCCCCGA